CAUCAGUCGACGACCGAUUGACAAACUUGCGAAUACGCUGUUCGAAACAGCACAACCCCAGGCGGUACCCGAAGUGAUCAACGAACGAUUGUCCAAUUACUCGACACCCGCUUGAGCGGCGCGCAGCAGCAAUGCCUGUUCCCUUCGAGACUCUCCUGCCCUAUGGCAUCAUGAUUGCUAUGUUCGGUAUCACGGGUACCGGUAUGGCCGCCUUGAAGUCGUGGCAGAACGAGGGCAAGAACCCACGAUAUGAUUUGGACCAGUGGGAUAAGGUACUGAUGACACGCGAUGCACGAAUCACAGGGACAUUCCGAGGCCAGUCAGGGUUAGCACAAGCGCCUCCAGGAUUCGAGCUCAACAACGCAUGGAAGAUGGAAAAGCGUAUAAUCUGAGGCUAGAGAAACUGGGGAACAGCCUUUGUAUAUCAACCCAGCUCAGGAUGGUUGGAUGGGUGUCCAAGCAUCAAUCACAAGAUUUCAUUUUUCGAUAUGCGAGCCAAUCAAGAAGAUUCGAACAA